AGCCACCAGUGUUGCUACAAGUCCAUCGUCUCGAUCGAGUCAUUCUCGAUCCACUGACUGGCUUCGCAGACAGGGGGAAACGAUCCCCCCGGAGAAGACAGAACAAGCUAGAGAACGACCCACCGAUCGACGUCCACUCCUCGCUACUCACUCACUCCUCACUGCACAACAGCCUCAGUUGAAGGCGUGUGUGACAUUGUGCCUGACCCUGAAGUGCAGUCCUUCAACCUCACAGCAUCAUCAGCUUUUUCCAUAUCAUAAUCAAUAAUCAUAAGCUCGUUAUCACCCAAAAGUGAGUGUAGAAUGCCCUAAUCAUGAACGGGUUGAUCCGGACCAAGGGAGGGGGAAAACAACAUGUGAUCUCAUCAUGACUCAAUAAUCUUUCUCUCGCCAUUGGGAACCAACUGGAGUCCUGAAUCUAAACAUACUCGCUCUCACAUACUCACACACUUACACACCCUGUCAUCGGCUGACAUGAUCGUCGAGGCCGAUUCCGUCGACAUCCUGGAUCACGGUGUUCAUCUCAGUAGGAGUAGACACACCUUCGACCAAGAACUCGGAUACUUCAGCCUUUGUUGAAACGACAUCGGCGACAACCAACCAACGACGACGACCACGUUGGCCGCCACGGCCUCAGAAAUGGCCUUCAUGUUGAAGAAGAAGCGCUACAAAUUCCAAGUGGACCUGUGCCUGGAGGAGCUCUCCGAAGUGACGUACUCCAAAGCCAUCAUGUUUGCCAAGGUCCGUCAAUUGGAGGGAGGAUCUUUUAUUGGCACGUCGAAACGAAUGGAUGUUCAAAAUCAUCGUGUCCGUUAUGAUGCCAAAUUCGAUUUUCCUUGCAAAAUGAGUGCCAGUGCGUCGUCCGGGAUUCUGGAUUCCUGUAAAUGUCGGGUCUCUAUUCGAUUGGAGGAGAAAGGAGGACGAAAUUUUCGGAAACUGGGAUUUUCGGACAUCAAUUUGGCGGAGUACGCCGGGGCGGGUCCAUGUACGCAGCGAUACAUUCUUCAACCUUAUGAUCAAAAUCAUCGUCUGGACAACUCGAUUCUUCAGAUUUCCCUUAACAUCACGCUCAAGGAAGGCGACACAAUCUUUCAGAGACCCCUGACUCGUCAGCAACCCAUAUCUUUACCCGGUGAAGAUCGAUUGUCGGGGUCGUCUCUGAAUCUGGCCAAUAUCCCACCGAGCAGCUCAUCGGGUCCUGCAAUACAAGGGUCUCAAGCCACGACCUCGGUUUCAGGGUCACAAUUGAGCGUUCCGGGACCUUCUGCUCAAAGUGGAACGCGGGAUCCGGUCCGAAAAGUCGCCGGGAUUGUUGCUGCAACUGAUCUAGUCAAAAAUGCGUCGGGAUGCUCUUUAGGGUCAUCCGGUCAAGACACACCGCCCCCUUCUCUAAGUUUGGGGUCGUUGGGCGUUGUGCCUUCGUUAGGGUCUUCCUCGGGCUCAUCUUCGGGCGUUCAAACGGGCAGUUCGAAUCUACCUGAGGGUGGACAAAGUCACACCCGAAAUUCGUCGACCACAAGCCAGACAUCGGCUGGUUACGCCUCUCAAGUAAGCGGGGGUCAGCCCACUCAUUCACGGCAAUCUAGUUCGGGUGACUCCACUCAUGGAAGGGCCCAUAGACAAUCCAUGGCUUUCGUUCAGUCACCACCAACUACUUUCUUGUCGCUACUCCGACACAAGACCAGGAGUAGCUCCGAUCUUGAGAGCCACUAUCACUCUCAGCCUUCGCAAUCCUGGCAGACCACUUUACUCAAAGACAAGCUUCACCUGGUUCGAUCUGACCCGUCUCCAACGUUGCUCCGGCAGCAGAUGAGUAGCCCCGGUCAGUUGUCCUCGCUGGGAUCACCCACCGGAUCCAUGGCGAGUGGAUAUGUCCAGUGGAAACGGAGACCCCGCUUGGAACACUCGUCGUCGGUGCGAACACCUCAUGUGGAUCCAAGACCUCUGAGACUUCAUCGGAGAUCCGUUUCUGACUUUGAUUGGCAUUUGAGAAACCUCAGUCAAGGAAGUUCGGAUACCGGUUUCUUUGGGUCCAUGGAGAAGGAGAAACGCCGGAAGCAGAAAUUGGACGAAGGCCGCCGAGAUCCGGAAUCCGUAAUCAAUGAGCUCAUGGAAGGGGUCGAUUUUGACAAAGCCACGAAAGAAGACGCUGAAACUACCGGCCUUCAGUUGUAUGUGUGUAAAGACGGAACGGUAACCUUUGAUAAGAACUCAACGUCAAGACGCGAUAUCAAGCCGGUGGUGAUCCAUUCAGAACCCCAUUAGAAGACAGGGUCCAAGAAUGAACGAUGCACAACCAAAGCCGAGGGACACCCAGACCGAAAUUGGCUCCAAAUGCCACCUUGGGGUCUUGUACAGUCACCCUGGGGAGCCACGUGUUUAUGGCCAUGAGAGAGAAAUGACAACAAUUGUUCAAUAUCAUUUUGGCUUCCACUUCAGUGUUUUUUGCUCAUGACGUCCUCCCCUUGAUCAUUCGGUGUUAUUCCUCUUCUUGACCCCGUCCGCUUGCCUUCGUUCAGUUACAUAGUUCGCCCUGAAAUUGAUGUUCUUUCCUUAGCAUCCGUCCCGGUUUGCUCGAUCAUUCACUCAAAUCAACUUCAGCCCAAUCCUAAGAAUUUGACUGUGAUACCCCUUGAUCUACUUCCCCUCUUAACCCACUGAAAUGUUUAUUAGUAUAAUUAUUAUGAUCAUUAUUAUUAUUAUUAGCAUCAUGACGCCCUUGAAGUAUUUCUGUUACAUUAAAUCUAUAUGAAAUCAUCACGAUAGUUAAGAGCAAAAAAAAAAACAAAUGAGCUCCUAAAGUUUGUCAGUAUCGAUGUUUCCCGCAUCAAAUCGUUUCUUUUAAAAAAAUGAUGUUAUCUGAUAUUCGCGUCAGAGCCAACAAGAAUUGCAUUAUGAGUGCUGUUUUGAAAGAAUAAAUACGAUUAGCGAAAAGAAAUCGCCUAAUGAAAUUGAUUUCGAUUCGGCUUUUAAAGAUACCGAUUGCUCUCUGGAUCAACUCGUGCUCUUACUCGUCAAGUAGAUUCGGAAUAUGAAUCUCCAAAAAUUCAAUUGCAUGAAAAUUGAUGGAUUCGUGCUUAACCAAAGCUAUAAUGCAGUCAAUUACGAUUACCUUCAUGGCCGUUCUGGGCUUUGGGUUAGCUAAUGCCAAGAUCUUUACCCAAGAGGAAGUUAUCCGUGCCCUCCGAACCCAAGGAGAAAUUCCAGAGGAAGAUAUCGCCAAAUACGUUUGCAUCGCUUGCCACGAAACUCGUUACAACUCGUCGGCCAUCCACAAAGACGAUGCUUUUGGACUCUUCCAACUCUCGGAUGACUUUUGGUGUGGCAAAGGAUUUAAAGGAGGAGAGUGCGAGGCAGAUUGUUAUGAUUUUACGGACGACCAUCUCGAGGACGAUGUCCAAUGCUUGACCAAGGUUACCCCCCAUAAUUGGCCAACUUACGUCGAGAAAUGCGCUCAAGACCCGUUUUUAUUCCGAUUUGGAGAGGAGUGUACUUUUGAUGAGGAAGAAUUUACCAAAGACAACCGACGAAUGUGGUGUCCAACUUGUGCUACAAGAUUAGACUAGACUUAGUUUGACGACAUUUUUAAUAAAUAAAUUAUUUCCUUAA